AUAACACAUCACAUUAAAUGUUCUGCAUAUGAGGUUUAUUGUGUACGGUCCUAAAAUUUUUAGGAGAAAAUCGAGUCUUAGCAAAUAUGUAAAAUCAAACUGAAUGGAUGUCUUUGCUGUUAAUCGUUAAUGUGUAAUCAAAUACUCUCUAUAGACCUGCAGGCUGCCAACUUGUAAGAGCUAUACAAGUUGUGUACAUAUUAAAUUUAAAGGCAGAUAAAUGCAUGUAGCUGUAUUGCCAUUUUACUGAUGUGUGAAAGAGAUUUAUGAUUUUCUAUAGAUCAGUUCACUAUGACACUGUGCAAUGUCUAAAUCUGGGUCAUGUGACAGGUGCACUGUGACACACUAGCACACAGCAUGCUUUAUGGACAUAAUAACAUGGUAUAUGGAUCUGUAGUGGUUAAUGAGCAGCAGUCAUUGCUAAAGAUUAAAUUACAAAUUGUAUUAUUAUACAAUUUCCAAUACAAGGUCUGAGAUAAGAAAAUUGACAUCAAAAGGUGCAGACCAAUAAAAGUAUUUGCUGUUUUCACUGAAACAUCAUUAAUAUUUCAAGUGUAAUGCUUUCUCUCUGGUCAUACACUGUAAUGCCUACUUAUGGAGCUUACAUUAGCCUCAAUUUGAUUUGCCAACACUAGAUGGCAACAUUCCUCAUUAACACUCCAAUUUAAACCACAGGAUUGGACACAGUGUAGAACCGACUGUUUCCCUAUAUCAGUUUAUUGCGAAGGUUUAUAACCAGAUAAAUUACAUCAAGCUUUAAUGUAAAUAGUUCGUAUGAUUAAAUAUUCCACGGACUAUUCCACGGACAUGUAUAUUAUUAUAUGAUUAUAUACAUGUACAUACAUAUACAACCAGAAAAAUAAACGUCUAUUUUAUUUGUUUUGCAGGGCAAACUAUUAUUACUUUUAAAUUUGAGCACCUGUAAAUUGGAAAUAUUAGCUUUUUUUUUUAUUGUUGUUGUUCCCUGCAUUGAUGAGCCAGAAAACAUCGUGCAACACUGUAAGAAGUUAUUUACAUUUUACUCUGUUUACCUUCUCACAUCUGCCUCAUCUGCUCCAGCCCUGCUAAGAUGCUCUAUCGAAAAAUCAAUCGUCGACACUCGCCCUCACAGCGAGCCGGUCAUCCUGCUGCUCGGUCUCGAUUACUCUGGCCUUCAUAGACUCCAGCGUUUUUUCUUUAAGGAACUGAGUCCAGUUAGUCAGUUGUCAACAGGCUGAGUGAGAAAAGGAGCCGCUGAAACAACUUGGUACGUGGAGCUGAUAACGCAAACGUCUCCGUGUCCAGGAAAAAGCCUUUCGACUCGCUUUGGAAGUUCAGUUUUUUUCGGUGUAUCCAGACAAAAUAAAAUGAAGUCCUCCUCACACGAAACCUCCUGAGCAUCAUGGACAUGUGAAACUUGACUCUUCACUUGGCAGAUGCAAGUCCCAGGCUGGAUUGAAUGGCACUGAGGAUACAAGACUGCGACUCAGUGGGAGUACUGCAAUGACCAGCCGGCAUCCUAGCCAUGCAGACAGCGCUCACUCCACAAACAAACAGCCACCUGCCGUGGCCCCCAAGCUCCAUGUGCAGCGAUCGCUGUCAAAGGAGAACAUCACCAUCCACUUCUCAGCUUUUGGGAAGGAGGAAGAGGAGGAGGAAGAAGAGCUGUACACUACAACUGUCUCCACUACCUCAGACGUUCAGGAUGACUCAAAUAUUGUGACAGCCUUAGAAGCAAGCGAGGAGAUGUUUGAAGGGGUACCACUGGACUCUGCUGCCGAGGUUGCUGUCAUUCCUGAAUCAUCCAGACGUUCUCCCGUUUCUAGACAUCACACUAGCAGUUCUCCCACACAGACUCCAUUGCAGAUUGCCGAGCAGAAAGGCUCAACCUCCACCUCCUCUCCUACUAAAUCUUUGAGCUUUCCCUCCAGUGACAAACCUUUUCUAAGUUUGGUGAAGUCUCUUUCCUCUGAUGUUGAAUCUCGUGACGGGGUCUCGUCUAUUCCUGCUUCAUCAGUCAGGCAUAGGCAUCUCAUGAAGACUCUUGUCAAAUCCCUAUCUUCAGAUACAUCCCAGGACUCAUCCUCUUCCUCCACACCCUACCGUCUUCCAGAAUCCCGCCUUAACCUGCAACUCUUCAAGCAAUUCACACAGUCCCGGAUGCAGUCCGCUAACCUGUCGUCAGCUGGUGAUUCUAAAACUGCCCCCUCCUCUCCAUUAACCUCACCAGAUAACCGCAGCUUCUUCAAAGUGUCGGAUGUCGAGGCACGAAUUGAAGACACUAAGCGUCGUCUCUCUGAAGUCAUCUCCGAGCCGCUCCAGCUGCUGAGUAAGAUCAUAGACGAAAAGAGUGUCUCAGUUAGCAGUAACAUUUACCGGCCAAAGGCCCUCUCUGUCAGUGCCUCAGAGCUCUCUAACAUUACUUCUAUCAAUGGUCACCUGGAGAGCAACAACAAUUACUGCAUCAAGGAGGAAGAAGGAGGUGACUGGGAGGCUGACAGCCCAAACUAUGGGGCCUCUGGUCCCUCUGAAUCAACUGUUCCCUCCUCUGUUGAUACUAAGAGCCCCAACAAAUCAUCUUUACUUUCAAUGUCAUUGGACAAGUGCUCUAUGUCUGCUCUUGCCAAACAGGAGGAUGAGGACUUUUGCAUCCUGUACAGCGAGGACUUUGAAAUUUGUACGGAUAUGGAAGGUGAUGGUGGUGAUAGAAGUGACAACACAGCAACUGGCAGUCAAACUAAAGUGCCACUAAGUGGUAGUACUGAAUCAUGCAGUGAAGAGGAAUCUGAAAGUACUGAGCUGGUACCAAGUGUUCCACACUAUACUCUCAUCAUCCUCACUGUACUGGUCUAUGGGUAUUUUGUGUUACCUCUGCCCAACUACAUUGGAGGAAUGCUGCUUGGGAUUGGGCUUGGAUUCCUUUUAGCCAUUGGUGUUGUGUGGCUGACAGGACCAAAACCUUCUGGUGAUUUUAGACGUUCCAGACACCAUGGGAAGCUGUGGAAUCUGACCAAGUUGGACAUUAAGGAACCAGAAAUCUAUAAGGGCUGGAUGAAUGAGAUAUCGAACUACGACCCAGAGACAUACCAUGCCACACUGACUCACUCUGUGUAUGUCCGGUUGGAGGGUUCCAUCAUCCGUCUGUCUAAGCCCAACCACAACAUCGCCCGCCGUGCCACGCACAACGAACCAAAACCUGAUGUCACCUACAUCAGUCAGAAGAUCUAUGACCUUACCAACAGCAAAGUAUAUCUAAUGCCUCAGAGCCUGGCCAGGAAGCGUGUAUGGAACAAAAAAUACCCCAUCUGCAUCGAGCUUGCCAAACAGGAUGACUUUAUGUCAAAGGCUGAGGGCGACAGGUGUGAAGCCAGUGAGGGCACCAGCAUAAGGGACAGAGGAGAGGGGAGUGGAGGAGCACAGGAGCGAGGGUUUUUGUCUUCAUCCAGCAGAGACCUGACCCUUUAUCUGUUUGGAAGGACUGGGAGGGAGAAGGAGGAGUGGUUUCAGCGGUUUCUUUCAGCUUCCAAGCUCAAGGCAGACUUGAAGAAAACUUCCAGUGUUGCAGGGAGUAAGAGCGCUCAGAGCUCUCACAGUCGCAGCAGCAGCCGCAGCAGCCUGGACGAUGCGCUGGUAUCUCAGCUCAGGUCGAAGGACUCCUCAGUCUCAUCAACAGCAGCAAGCAGUGCCAAAACCAAGCCACUAUUGGAGUACAGUGUCUAUAUGGCUUCUUUACUGCCAGAGCAGGCGACAGUCAGCUCUACAGCUGCCAGCCCUGUUCUCCAGAGUCCUCUUAGCAGCCCUGGAGCUGACAAGAAGCUUCAGAGCACCACUUCACCUCUGGUACAGCCCAGGGGGAAGGAGGAGGAGGAGGCUGUUGCCUGGGUGAAUGCGGCUCUUGGUCGGGUCUUCUGGGACUUUCUGAGCGAGCCGUACUGGGCUGAACUGGUCUCCAAGAAGAUUCAGAUGAAGCUCAGCAAGAUACGGUUGCCUUAUUUCAUGAAUGAGUUGACCCUGAAAGAACUGGACAUGGGCUCAGCCACUCCCAGAAUCCUUGGGGCAUCUAAACCUUCCAUUGACUACAGAGGUCUGUGGUUUGACCUGGAGAUUUCCUACAGCGGCUCCUUCCUGAUGACUCUGGAGACGAAGAUGAACCUCAUUCGCCUGGGCAAGGAGGGAGAAAGCCUCCGCUUAGGGGAAUUUGGCAAAGAUGGUUACAGGCCACGGACUUACUGCCUGGCUGAUAGUGAUGAAGAGUCGUCCAGCGCAGGCUCAUCAGAUGAGGAAGACUCCUCAGAGCUCUCCAAUGACUCUGCUGGAGCAGAGGGUUUGGUUGGAGGCCACAAGCCGAGCAAGAUCAUGCGCUUUGUGGAUAAGAUUACCAAGUCCAAAUACUUCCAGAAGGCCACAGAGACAGAGUUCAUCAAAAAGAAGAUGGAGGAAGUGUCCAACACACCCCUCCUGCUCACAGUGGAGGUGCAGGAACUCCAAGGAACGCUGGCUGUGAACGUACCCCCUCCACCCACUGACAGGAUAUGGUAUGGCUUCAGGACACCGCCUCACCUGGAACUGAAGGCACGACCCAAACUGGGAGAAAGAGAGGUCACUCUGGCACAUGUUACAGAUUGGAUAGAGAAAAAACUGGACCAGGAAUUCCAGAAAAUCUUUGUGAUGCCAAACAUGGACGAUGUGUGGCUUACCAUCAUGCAUUCUGCCAUGGACCCGCGCACCGCCGGUGGACCAUUAGUUGGCCCUGCUGUGGAACCAGAGCCUUCCCAUCCUGAGAGGGACAGCUCCAGCCAGCCAUGAGGAUUGUUUACAGUAUUUCCUAGAGCUUCUGAAGUCUCAAAAUGGGAACUGGAGCCAAAGUCCGUGGGUCAGACACUACUCUAAUACAAACACAUUCCCAUUGUGAAGAGGUUUCUUACUUGCCAUAGAGAAUUUUAAAGGAGCAAAGUAGAGUCGACCAAGGAAACACUAAAGACAAACUGUUGCUUGUUGCUCUGUUGAGUAGUAUUUAAGGUGCCAGGGGAAAAUGUGAUUUGUCUUUGAAGGAUCUAAAUAAUAAUAAGGACCUAUUGAAUAGGGACUGAUAUGUGAAGAGAGUCAUGUUUGGCUCAGAAUUGGGGGUGGGUUACAUUAAUAAGCUGCAUAUAUGGGGAUUGUAACUUUGUAAUGUCAGAGGAACAUUGAUGUGGAAGCAUUCACCAGAUACCUUACAGCCUGCAGAUGACAAGCGUCUGCUAAGGCUCGAGAGUGAUAUAAAGCACGGUAGCCCCUUUUAUUACAGAAAUACAGUAAGUGGAGAUUUACAGUAUGAUGGCAUGAUUGAAAUUAGAGGUGUUUCUUUGUGAACGAUUCGUAUGUGAAGGAGAGUUGUCAUGUCCAUUGUCAAGAAUAAAGUGAAAGCAGGUAAAAGUGUAUUGGGAAAGCUCAGAUACUUGAUUUCAUAUUCUACCAUACUUACCAUAAAACAUUAAACCUUUAAGUGGCUUUAUGUGAGCGGUUUCGAUCAGGUGUUAACUAACAGUAUUCAUUUUUGUUGUGAACACACCCAGAACACCCCAUUCAUUUGCCAAACCCAUCUUUCUAUGCCAAUGAUGCCGUUAUCCAUGUCUACAUGGAAAUAAUGCUCCUGAGCAAACAUACAUUCUGUAGAAAAAAUGUCAUUCGCUAUGUAAAUUCUGUACUGAUGACAAACACACGACCACAAUAAGUGCAAUGAUAGAAACGCUACACAGGCUUUAGUAUGAUUCCGUAUAUUAUAUUAAAGUGUAUGUCUGAUGAGAAGUAUGAAGUACCUAACCCAUCUAUUGAAUGUAUGGUUGUAUGGUUUUGGUUUCUUUUGUUAUUGUAUGAAAAUAAUUUUUACCCAGUCACAUUUUGACCGGGGUAUGCAAUUUAUUGCACAAAUACAAGUGAAAAUUUUCUUUUUUGUAUUCUCAUGAUAAACACUAUCUCAUCUUUCAUAUCUUUUUCCAGAUGUGUCAUUCAGUCGUUAUGUUUAUGGAGUACGAGGUGAUGCAUUCAUCUAUUCAUCAGUUAUAUGUUGACGGUGUUAAUGUUGAUAAUGACGUUUGAAGUGACUUUAAAUGACCAAUUUUCAGAAUGUGACAGUGCUUUAAAAAGACUCUACCCGCCAUACGGUAUGUAGAAAGACACACAACAUAGUAAACAACACUUGGGUGAAGCUAAGGUACGCACUAUGAAGUAGACGAUCUAUUGCCAAGAAUGUAUAGUCUUAUUUACAGGUUCCCUUUCUGAGAAUAUCUUUUUAACCAUAUUUCUAAUCUUAACCAAAGUCCUUCAAUCAGGCCUGUAGUGCCAGAUCUCUCUCUGCUCAAAGGUACACAUCCUGUAUUGAUAUAGCAUUGUGAGGUAAUAUUUACAGAUGUGCUUCAAUUCCUGCAUUAACAUUGUUUACAGGAAUUCUUACCUAGUUUUCACUUUUUUGCUUUCAGCACUGUAACAUGGAAUGGACUUUUUUUUCUGUAUGAUUGUCUUUUUCUUUAUGCUUUGGUCACCUUUUUCUUUGGUAUUUGUUUUGAAUGACUACAUGAGGUGGGCUAUGGUUUUGUUUUUUGUUUACUUUGGAAUAAACAGAAUGAAAUGAGAUUUUUGAGGAUAUAUGAAGAUUGUGUUCUGAUUUGUAUCUGUGAAUUAUUAAUGACUUUUUAAAAUUUAAAUGUAAUUUUAAGGCCAAAUUCAGUUAUUAUAUGUAUCUGCCUUAUUUAUAGAGCGAAAUAAAUCUGUCAAUGAAAGCCUUUCUGUUUUCUGUUGCUUCAGAUUUUGUAUACUGAACUGACACAAACCUUGCUAUGUAUUUAUUUGCUGUAGAUUGAAAUAAAACUUCUUUUUUUCCA